GAGCUUUGUGCGCAUGUGCGGGAAGGUGAGGUUGUUUGGGGGGCCUCGCCCAGGAGAGUGAGCCAAGGAAAUGGAGAUUAGUCUUUGAAAGGAGCAGUUGUUCUUUGACCAAGGACACAUUGCUGGUACGCAGCCGGAAUCUGUUCCAAUUCCGAAGCCCUUGUCCUCUGAGUAAAUAUUUGGUGCGGGUAACUCAAACCUAGGUGGCCCCAUGGAGGCCCCGGCAUCCCAGCCAGUGAAGCAGGAGAACCUGGCCGUUGAGGCCCUGACGCUCGACUCCCCGUGGCACCGCUUCCGUCACUUCCACCUGGGCGAUGCAGCAGGGCCGCGUGAGGCCCUGGGGCUGCUCCAUGCGUUGUGCCGGGACUGGCUCCAGCCGGAAGUGCACACGAAGGAGCAGAUGCUGGAGCUGCUGGUGUUGGAGCAGUUCCUGAGCGCCCUCCCUGCAGACACNCAGGCGUGGGUGUGCAGCCGCCGGCCCCAGAGCGGAGAGGAGGCUGUGGCGCUGCUGGAGGAGCUCUGGGGCCCAGCAACCUCCCCAGAUGGGUCGUCAGCAAUGAGGGCACCUCGGGAUAUGACAGAAGGCCCGGGGGUCAGUGUUGGAAAGGAAGAAAGUGGGGUAAUUCCCUUAGGAACCGGGGCCUCCUCCGGGACAGAGGUACCCGCAACAGGGAGCAGCGGGGCCAUGCGCCCNUAUAAGNAGGAGCCGGGCAGCCCCCCACCAGCUCCGCUGGCACCGGUCCUCCCUGCCUUCCUGGCAGCUCCAGGCACUGUGUCAUGCCCGGAGUGCGGCAAGUCUCCCUUGAAGCCGGCGCAUCUACUGCGCCACCGGCAAAGCCACUCCGGUGAGAAGCUGCACGCGUGCCCUGAGUGCGGCAAGGCAUUCCGGCGCAAGGAGCACCUGCGGCGCCACCGCGGCACGCACCCGGGCAGCCCAGGGCCUGCAUUGCGCCCCCUGCCAGCGCGCGAGAAGCCGCACGCGUGCUGCGAGUGCGGCAAGACCUUCUACUGGCGCGAGCACCUGGUGCGACACCGCAAGACACACUCUGGUGCGCGGCCUUUCGCCUGCUGGGAGUGUGGCAAGGGCUUCGGGAGGCGUGAGCAUGUGCUCCGUCACCAGCGUAUCCAUGGCCGGGCCGCCGCGGUAGCGCAAGGGACUUCAGCACCAGGUCCAGAGGGUGGUGGUGCCUUUCCGCCUUGGGCUCUGGGGUAGCUGUGGUUCUAAACACCCACUUCAGGGCGUCAUCCCCUUAGAGUUCUCCCAACCCCAUUGCCUCUUCCCUUUCGGGCCCCAUAUCCAAUCCUUUCUUCUGGAGUGCUCAGCUUUCACCCUCCCCUGCGAAAUACCCUUCUCUCCCUCCCUCAUUCCAUCCCCUUUUCAUGGAGGAGAGACUUGCCCCAGAACACCCUUCCAAGUGGGAAAGGGGGCUCAGGGAAGGAGCAGAGCCCCCACUCCUCCCUCCCAAGGAAGAUGACCUUGAUCUUGAACCCCAGGACAGAAUUGGGGCCAAUGAAGAGAGGAGGCCCAGACCCAGAUCUGGUUCUCUCCACAGCCUAAAGGAAUGAGGUGGGGAGAGGUACCCGAGAAAGCUUGCCACAGAUGGCAGGUCACCAGCAUCUGAGAGAGUAAUAAAGUGACUGACUCAGUGUGUA